AUGUCUAAGGAGGAUUUCGUUAUUAAGCCUGAAGCUGCAGGUGCUUCCACUGAUACUAGUGAAUGGCCAUUACUUUUGAAGAAUUUUGAUAAAUUACUAGUCAGAAGUGGUCACUAUACCCCUAUCCCAGCUGGUAGUUCACCAUUAAAGAGAGACUUGAAAUCUUACAUCAGUUCCGGUGUCAUCAACUUGGACAAACCUUCCAACCCAUCAUCCCAUGAAGUUGUCGCUUGGAUCAAAAGAAUCUUGCGUUGUGAAAAGACUGGUCACUCAGGUACCUUAGAUCCAAAGGUCACAGGUUGUUUGAUCGUCUGUGUUGACAGAGCCACUAGACUGGUUAAGUCCCAACAAGGUGCCGGUAAGGAGUAUGUGUGUAUCGUUAGAUUACACGAGGCUUUGAAGGAUGAAAAGGACUUGGGCCGCUCUUUGGAAAACUUAACUGGUGCUCUAUUUCAAAGACCACCUUUGAUCUCUGCUGUUAAAAGACAAUUACGUGUUCGUACCAUUUAUGAGUCAAAUUUGAUUGAAUUUGAUAACAAGAGAAACUUAGGUGUCUUUUGGGCUUCCUGUGAAGCUGGUACUUAUAUGCGUACCUUGUGUGUUCAUUUAGGUAUGCUAUUAGGUGUCGGUGGUCACAUGCAAGAAUUGCGUCGUGUUAGAUCCGGUGCUCUAUCCGAAAACGAUAACAUGGUUACUUUACAUGAUGUUAUGGAUGCCCAAUGGGUUUACGAUAAUACAAGAGAUGAAUCUUACUUGAGAUCCAUUAUUCAACCUUUAGAAACUUUAUUGGUUGGCUACAAGAGAAUCGUAGUAAAGGAUUCCGCUGUUAACGCUGUAUGUUAUGGUGCUAAAUUAAUGAUUCCUGGUUUAUUGCGUUAUGAAGAAGGUAUUGAACUAUAUGACGAAAUCGUCUUGAUCACCACCAAGGGUGAAGCUAUUGCCGUUGCAAUUGCUCAAAUGUCAACCGUUGACUUAGCUUCUUGUGACCAUGGUGUUGUUGCCAGUGUCAAGAGAUGUAUUAUGGAAAGAGAUUUGUACCCAAGAAGAUGGGGGUUGGGUCCAGUUGCACAAAAGAAGAAGCAAAUGAAGGCUGAUGGUAAAUUAGACAAAUACGGUCGUGUUAACGAAAACACUCCAGACCAAUGGAAAAAGGAAUACGUUCCAUUAGACAAGGCUGAACAAUCAUCAUCUGUUACUCCAGAAGCUAAGAAGACUGAAGAAGAAGCUAAGCCUUUGAUCAAGGAAGUUGAAACUAAAGAGGAAGAAGUAAAGGAAGAGGUAAAGGAAGAGAAGAAGGAAAAGAAGGARAAGAAGGAGAAGAAGGAAAAGAAGGAGAAGAAGGAGAAGAAAGAUAAGAAGGAGAAGAAGGAGAAGAAGGAGAAGAAGAGAAAAUCUGAAGAAGACGGUGAAUCCGAAGAAAAGAAAUCCAAGAAAUCUAAGAAAUGA